AGUACUUGUAAUCAAACCUUCUCACAGCAAUCGAAAACCUGAGUGAGACAUCAAUAUUUAUCACCGCAAGCAUGACAUCACAACAAGAACUCAGAGAGGCUAUUGAAAACACAACGAGACAGUUCUUGGGUGCCUACAAAGACGCUGGCGAACAAAACAACCCAGCAAUCAUCAACCGUGAUGUCACCGACUCUUGCAAAAGGUACUUCAAACCAGCCGGUGUUCUUCAGUUAUUCGGAUCGCCUCCUGAAGAUGGCUUGAAUAACGCCGACUACGAAGCCGCGAUGGCGCUCGAUCUCAAGAAAUACGUAGUCACCUACAGCGACAUCUCUGACUUGACUAUCGACACCGAGUCACGCAAAUCAGCCGCAACGACUGUUACGGGCAUGAAAUACAAGAAUGGCGAAGAGGACGUCAUAGAACAUUCGUGGAUCUUGGACUUCAACGAGGAUGGGUCUAAGGUCACAAUGGUCAUCGAGUUUUGUGAUAUGGAUGGGCUAAGAAGGAUGUUUGCCAAGGUGUACAGUGACAAGGAAGACAGUAAAUAGCCCAGUAGCUAGAGUGUAUGUACUACGGUACAAUUUCAGGGCAAUGAUAGCUGGUAUACAUACUCAACGAUUAGGGUUUGUAAAAGCAAAUGUAUCGAAAGCUGAUCUGAAGCUUGGUUAUCUAGGAUAAAGGUCUUUUCUUGCCAUGCGCCACUUUAGCCUAAUAUGACACAAGCACAUGCG